UAGUUAUCUUCAACAAUUAAUCAUGGCGUCGCUGGAGGAGCGACUGCGUUUGAUGGACGAGGCUCCGCGACGGCGACAACGCGGCCAGAUUCCCAAGGCACAAGUGGAUGCUGCGCUUACGUAUCAACGGGAGUUUGUGCAUCGGGCAGAAGAUUUCAACACUUCGGCGAUUUCGGACUGUUCCGAAAGUCUCGAAGUGCUUCGGAAUGGCAAACGCGAAGCACACGAGACUCGGCAGAUGAUGUGGGAAGAUCACUACACUACCCAAUUACAGACCGAACAGAGUCGCAGUGAAGUAGCCAGGCAACAGAAAUUGAGGCAGGAGACCGCCAUGUUGACGCAACUCAAAUCCGACACGGACAAGUGGAACAUGGCCAUUCAACUGGGACUGCUCGAGUUCCUCGAUGUCGCUCUGUCGGCUGCCUCGGAAGACGCCAAGAGCGCGUACUUUGUCAGUACUAACAAGGCAGGUCUGCCGCCAUUGCAUCGGGCGUGCAAGACCAACGACAUUCAGUCGGUCAAGCUUUUACUAACGUUGGGAGCCGAUUUGACCACGAAAGACAGCUUCAAGAAGAGUGUCUUCCAUGUAAUGGCAGAGUUUCGAUUGACAGAGUUGUUUAAAUAUCUCGUGACGUUGUUGACGAAAGAGACGGAAGGGAUUCUGCUAAGCCUUGAUAGCAACGGACACUCGCUGUUGCACCUUGCAGCCACAAACGGUAGUGACGGUAUACUAAUAGAGUUAUUAACAAGUUCGAUACGAGAUGAUCUGAAGAAACUGGUGGAUCUUGUGACUCCGGACGAGAAGCGAACGGCUUUGCAUCUUGCUGCACUACGUGGACAUAUCACGUGUGUGGAAAUAUUGUUGAAACUGGCCGGUGCGAAAGCAGGCCUGCGUGACCGUGGAGGUUCCAACGCACUCCAUCUAUCUCUCCGACAGACGUUCGAUAUUGAGAAACUGGUUACGGUCUUCUUGCUGCAUACCCCUGCUGAUCAAUUGGACGCUACGUUUAGCAGUGUGGACGAAGAGAACGGACAGAGCUGUUUACACACAGCAAUCAUCAAGAACUUCCGUCAGGUUACGAUGGCGUUGAUUCGAAGUGGAAAGGUUCAAGUCAACGCCGCUACCAAAGACGGUGGGUGGACUGCGCUUCACUUGGCUGUCAUAACGGAAGAGAUAGAAGUGAUCAAAGAGCUGCUAGCAGCAGGCGCAAUGAUAGAUGCAGUCGACGCUGAUGGCCAAACACCCUUGUUACAAGCAUGUCUUGGUGGGCAACUAAAUAUUGUCCGCUUGCUCCUGAACGCCGGAGCAAACCCUGCCCACCAGAAUAAACAAGCGCAUAGUCCAUUGCAUUACCUGUCCGCUUUCUGUCGAGAUCGACAGCUUCUCCGAGAUAUCAUCACGAAUGGAGCCGAUGUGAACGCCAAGUCGAUGAAACUCAACACGCCCAUGCAUUUUGCGGCCAUGAAUGGGAACGAAGUAGCCACACAGGUACUGCUAGAGCAUGGCGCCAGUGCCAGCGUGAUCAACGAAGAUAAACGAAGCGUCGUGUAUUUAGCAAAGAAAUGGCGGCACCGUUCCGUCGAGGACCUCGUUCGUCCACCAGAGGAGGAUGACGGACAUGGUGACGUACACAGCAGUUCAGGACAGCGCAAUAAGCCAAAAUCUCCAGCAUCUCGUCAAGCUCAAUUGCGUUCGAUGCAGCAGCACGCCCGUAGUACGGCUCGUUCCCGUCCAAGAACAGGAGUCGUGAUGACGACGCGAUCCGAGGAAUCCGAUUCCGAAUCGUUGUACGACUUCGAAGACGACGAACUGAUCCUCCUGCCGUCAACUCCGUGGCCGGUUACAAUGGAAAGCUCAUCAAAAAGCAGCAACAAUAAUGAAGUGACUAAUAAUUCCAAAUCGACAACCGGGAGCUGUAGAACCUUCAGUGAACUACGAAAUCGGUUCAUGGGGGAACGUUCUCCAUUGAAACCAGUUGUGCUGGCUCAAGACCGACAAAAAGUCUUGAUGGAUGAAAUCGUCGCUACUCGGGUAAAGCGAGAAGCACCUUCAUUCAAUGUAAACACUAGCAUGACACGAUUCUCUCGACAUCUAGUGGUGGAACCCGUUCGUAUCCCAUGGGAGAUGACGGUACCAGUUUCUACUACGUCAAGUGCAGGCGCCCUCUCGAACCAACGCAAGUUGAAACCAAGCAUCCGUACCAACAUUGGGCUGUUACGAGAUCACUUAGCACAUGCCCCACAACUGCAUUGGCCUAGACAAACAGGUCAUUCAGUUUUUCGGAAGGCCAACAGCUAG